GAUGAGGUCUCGAUAUUCGGUCUCACGUCCGUGCUAGCAAGUCCUCAUAUUUCUCUUUUUACACCUAAUAAUCUCGUCGUCGGCUGCUUGGCCCUGGCAGUGGUACCAGCGCUGAAUGGCAGCGGUCGCGGCCCCUAUAUUCGGCGGCCACCACGCUUCUUUUCUGCCUAACUCGACCCAAUCCUCUUCGGCGGCUGUCGGUACUUCCUCCCAGUCCCAGUCGGCUCAGAUGCAAGACCAGGAAAUUUUUGAAGACUUCCCUGUGUUAUACUGUCGUGCUCUCUAUGAUUACGAUGCCCAGGACGCAUCAGCACUGUCGUUUCGGAGAAACGAUAUCAUCGAGGUCUUGACGCAACAAGCCUCGGGAUGGUGGGAUGGCCUACUCAGGGAAGAGAGAGGCUGGUUCCCGUCAAAUUAUGUGACCAUCAUUUCGGAGGAGGAUGCAGAGCUGGCGCUUAGUGGAUCUGAUUUCUCGAACACGGAUACCUCAGGGAAUAGCAACCAGCGCCAUUCCGUUGUCGACAUAUCACACGCCAUGAUGAGGGGAUCGCAGUCAGAUAACGAGGAAUGGCUGGACAGUGAGUUGAACGGGGCUGGGAGCGGAGUGGACGACCUAGCAAAUUCAAUGUGGGAGACGGCCGGCUCGUCCAGCGACUUCUGGAUGCCACAAGUAGAUCCUAAUGGACAGAUAUUCUAUGUUAAUACGAAAACUGGCCAGCAGUCUCGCGACCUCCCGCAGGAAACAGAGGACGAAAUAUCGGACACCGAUCUAGCUGCACUCACGUCGCAGGCCAGUUCGCGUUCCGGUACAAGUGCGCGACUAGCAUUUGCUUCUAACAACACGUUCGAACCUGCCGCCAGUGACUCCGACACUGCUGGCAAUAUGGCAGGGUUUGGACUCCCUCGUCGCACGGGUACACCGGAACCAUGGGUCAAGAAGCUUGCCGACGAUGGGAUGUCCUACUUCUACUAUAACAAAGUCGAUGGCAGCGUUCAGUGGACGCGACCAGAGAUACCCCGGACUCAUUCUUCCAAAACACCGACUCAGCCAUCACAUACCACGUCUUCCGUCCCGCGGCCCCAGUCUUUUCAGCCAGGAGAUACGAAUAGGUUCAGCGUAUUCUCCGACAGCUCCGACAUUCAACCCUUGGAUAAUGCGCGUAAUUUUCGGUCAGACACGAACGGACAUUCUGGGCCGGUGCAGCAACCAGCUUACGUCGAUUCUCUUGUUAUGGAACUCACAGGCGCCGAACGAAUAGCCCAGUUGCUUCAGAAAGCAUUGGCUCCCCCACCUCCCGAAAUUUUGACGGAUUUAUCCGCAACUGCGAAGAAUGCUAUCCAAGCGGUAGUAGAUAACAUCCAGUUGAAUGGUAUUAUGCGCAGAACAGAGGACGAUCGGAAAAUGGACGACAUGAUUCACGCCGUUGUUUUGGCGGUUCGAAAUCUCCUUUACGUAUCUGCCAUCCCUACUGGUCAAAUACCGAACCACGUCCUCCCCCGAAGCGCCCAUGAGCGUGAAAUCAAAGCCGCACAGUCAACUCCUUCUCCACUGAAGCCCGCUCAACGAAAAGUAACGGCGACAUUAUCUCGCCUCGUGCUGUCGGCACGUGCUAUGCAAUACGAUUCAGGUUCAUCGCUGUCAGAUACUUUGAAUCGCAUCGAGGUUGAUGCGGAUGAACUCGAACGCGCUGUCAUAUCGUUUGUGUUGGAGGUACAAAGAAACCGUUCGUCGGCGGCUUCGGAAACGAAGCCGGACAAGCGAUUAUAUGGAGUCUUCUCCACCGCUAACAUCGGUUUGGGCCUCGUGGGAGCCGGCGCAGCAGGGACCUGGAAAGGUUUCGGUUGGGUAUCGCUUGACGCUGAUGAACAGAAUCCGCAGAAAGUUUUAAGCACCGAAGUUGCAAAUGAAGUCGGAUCCCAUGUGGCUCAACUGAAUUAUCAGUUUGUCCAGCUCGGCACCACCUUAAAAUCACUGGAUUUCGGUGCAGUUCGAUCGGAGACGAAAGACUUCAUCGUGCAUGUGUCGUCAUUCCUUUCUUUUGUCACAAACAUUCAUAUUGCGCGUCAUGUCGAUAUCGACGGAAUACGGCAAGAGUCAAAUCAUGCUCCAAACGAUUUGUAUGUUCAGAGUGUUAUCAACGCUCGAUUACUCGUUCGGACCUUAGAAUGUGCUGUGCAAGCGCUAUAUGAUGAUGCCGCGGCCUUAUUUUUGGCGUCUCAGUCGUGGCGGGAAGAAGACCCUCAGGCGGUCUUCGACGAUGCAGACCUGAUCUCGGCCUCGAUCCAGGCUAACUUGGCUGUUGUCCAACAAUCUCUCGAUGACCUUUUGUCGAUUGGUCAUGACCAGGCAGAAAUUGGACAGGGUGACUACAAUGGGUCAAUUGAAUGGCGCAUGUCGCGUUUAAGCGUCAUUGACACCCAGCUCGGAGGUUCUGGAGGUUCCGCGUGUCCAGCGUCGCCUUUGCCUGGCGAAUAUGAGACCCCUGGGGACGACGUGGUCGACAUGGGAUAUGCGUUUAGCAGGGCGCCGGCUGCAGACCGCGCCAGCUAUCCAAGAACUCAACAUACACCAAAUGCCUCCGUUGCGAUCUCUACGAAUGGUAAUUCCCUGACUGAAGCAACAGAAGAGACCGUGGUCGGAUAUGAAGUCGAAGAGGUGCUGUCUACAUUCCCGCAUGAUGAGCCCAGUCCGUUCUAUGACGAAAUGCAACCGCUCAAGACUCAGCGGAAGAAGGACCUCAAGGGACUUUUGGGUGAUGAGUACAGAGAAGCACCUGAGCCGCCGCCACCUGAGCCUCCCGAAACACCGUGGUAUCUGCUUCCUAAGUACGAUCCAGCGGAGAUUUUGAUCGAUCCCGACAACUCCGUUCGCGGAGGGACUGUACCCGCCUUGGUGGAACGGUUAACAGCUCAUGAACAAGCCGAUCGUGCCUUCAUCAAAGCCUUCAUGAUGACCUUCAAGUCCUUUACGACGGUAGACGAGCUGUUCGAUUUACUUGUUCAGCGCUUCAGGAUACAGCCACCACCAGAUCUAAGUCCGAAGGAGCUAGAAAACUGGACGACACACAAACAGCGUGUCAUUCAGAUGAGGGUAUUGAACACAUUUAAAUCAAUGGUGUUAGACGACGAUAUUCUUGACAAAGACGAUAUGCACAUUCUACAGCAUAUGAAGGAGUUCAUAUCGUCAGAUGAGGUGUCCCAUUUUGCUGCGGCGAAGCAACUAAUGCUUCACAUCGAGAGGGCGCAAAAGGGCGGCGAUCGCGUCAGAAUUGUCCCAGUUAAUCUCACGCAGGCACCGCCUCCCAUAUAUCCCAAACAGAACAAGAAACUAAAAUUGGCGGAUAUCGAACCCUUGGAGUUGGCCCGACAGCUCACUAUAAUGGAGAGCGACCUAUUCCAGCGUAUCAAGCCUAUGGAAUGUUUGCAACGAGCGCGAGAACAAAAGACGGAAAAUGCUGAUAAUAUUACCACUGUAAUCCAUGCAAGCAAUCGAAUCGCAGACUGGGUCGCGGACUCCAUCCUUACUAAGGAUGACUCCCGACGCCGUGCUUCAACAGUCAAGCACUUGAUUAGCGUGGCUGAUCGGUGUCGUACGUUGAACAACUUUUCCACCAUGAUCGCCAUAACAUCUGGACUGAACACGCCACCCAUCCGGCGGUUAAAACGAACAUGGGAGCAAGUCAGCCAACGAUACUUGGCACAGUUUGGGGCCUGUGAAAUGACUAUUGAUAGCAAUAAGAACUUCAACAAGUAUCGUUCUUUGAUGGCGACCGUGACCCCGCCCUGCGUCCCUUUCAUUGGUGUAUUUCUAUCAACACUACAAUUUAUUCAGGACGGGAACCCUGAUAAUCUACCAGGCGGUCUGGUUAAUUUCAAAAAGCGUCAGAAAGCCUCGGAAGUCAUUAGUGAUAUCCAACGUUGGCAGGCCCAAUCGUUUAACUUCCAGCCAAUACCCGCUAUUCAACAGUACAUUGAAGAUUCAUUAUCACAGUUUAAUGAUACGACUAAGGCGACCAGCGACAUGUUCUGGGCUCUCAGCUUGGAGCGGGAGCCUAGGGAGCGAGAGGAUGAAAAGAUGGCCCGGUUACUUCAAGAGAGCGGAUUUUUGUAGUGUGUUAAUAAUUUUUUUGCUUUUAUUGACGGGACGGUGUUUUUUGCAUUCUGUAUUAUUGUUAAGUACCAGUACUGGUCUGUAUAUGCUUGUUGUGUACAGUAGAAUAACAUGCUCUAGAAACCAUCCUUUUGUGCAUCUCAUCUCAUCGUUACAUGCCACGGUACCUUCGGGCGUGCCGGACGCAAGGAUACAGGUAACUGCACUACGAAACCAAACCCUCACUGCCAUCUAGUCAACCUCGCAUCAUAGCGUGGUGGCCUAUGAUUGGCCAGGC